UCCCUUCUUUCACUAGUACUUUGCUUUUGCCUCAAAUCUUCCCUCCUUUUUCAAUCAAAAUUCAUAGAGGUGUAAUCCUUGCCUUCAAAUCAUGGGUUUGAAUCGAAAUUCAUCAUCACACUUUUCUUGAUUAUCUUUAAAAUACUUCACAUUUAUAAUUAUAGUGUUGUGCCUACAUGUUUGUUUUCCAUUAAAUGCACUAGUGUUUGUUCUUCAUGGUGCUUUUAUGAUUCACACUGAUAUAACAGAAUCCGGCUCCACCAGAUUUUUACUGUGAUUUCAUUUCCUUCUGUUUCUGAGUGCUGAAACCUGCCUUGAAUUCCAUUGAUGCUCAGGUGGUGCCAUAGCAAAUACGUAUUUCUAUAAAAAAGGGAAGUUCAGUAGCCAUCCCACUCAAGUAUAGCUCAAGUCCUUCAGCAUAUUUCUUGUUGCCUUUUCUGAGCUUUGCCUUGAGAGGGAUUUCAUGGAAAGUGUCAACAGGGAAGCUAAAUCAAAGAUGGAAGAUUACGAAGUAAUAGAGCAGAUUGGGAGAGGUGCUUUUGGAGCAGCGUUACUUGUUCAUCACAAGAUAGAGAAAAAGAAGUAUGUGCUGAAGAAAAUUCGUCUAGCUAAAGAAACGGUGAAAUUUCAGCGAACUGCACAUCAAGAGAUGAAUUUGAUGGCAAAGCUGAAUAAUCCCCAUAUUGUACAAUACAAAGAUGCAUGGGUGGAAAAGGAUUCCUCUGUAUGUAUCGUCACAAGUUAUUGUGAAGGUGGAGACAUGACUAAGAUGGUCAAGAAAGCUAGGGGGACCUUCUUUCCUGAAGAGAAGCUCUGUAAGUGGAUGACUCAGCUCUUGAUAGCUCUGGACUAUCUUCACUCAAAUCGCAUACUUCACAGGGAUAUCAAGUGCUCAAAUAUUUUCCUCACACGAGGCCAUGAUAUCAGGCUGGGUGACUUUGGACUUGCAAAACUUCUAACCAAAGAUGGUCUUACUUCUUCAGUGGUUGGCACUCCAAACUACAUGUGCCCAGAGCUCCUUGCAGAUUUACCUUAUGGCUACAAAUCUGAUAUCUGGUCCCUAGGCUGCUGUAUGUUUGAGAUUGCUGCUCACCAACCACCAUUUAGAGCUUCUGAUAUGGCUGGACUUGUAAACAGAAUAACUAAGUCGACAGUCUCUCCAAUCCCAACAGUGUAUUCCACCACAUUGAAGCAAUUGAUCAGAAGCAUGCUUAGGAAAAAUCCUGAACACAGACCAACGGCAGCAGAGCUCUUGAGGCAUCCACAUUUACAGCCAUACAUUGCUCAAUACCACAACUUAUCUCCAGUCUUCGUUCCAAUAAAGUCUACAAAGAAUUCAAAACACAAGGCACCGCAGGGUCAACUGUCUGGGAAGCCCAAGUUAGGAAAGGAUGGAAAAUCUGGAAAGGAGAAUCUGGUAAAACAGAUGCAAGGUGUUGAAGCAGUCAAUAGAAAUAUCAACCUGCUUCAAGGUAAUGUAGUCAGAGCUAAAAUGCCUGCAUCCAAGAUCCCAAAAGCCAGCAGUGAAACAAUGCAGUUGCAGUAUGUUGGCUCUUUCAAGAAAAUACCUAAAACUGAUGGAAGUGAUAGAGCAGGCUACAAUUACAUUAGAAAAACAAAAGGUUUCAAUUCCAGAACCUCGUCAAGCAGCACUCUAACUGAUCAGCAUGAAGAUACAGAACAAUUAGCCCAUACACCUCAAAAAAUUGAUGGAGAAUCUGAGGCUGGAGGUUUACAGGAACUGCACAGAAGAAUGGAAAAGCCACAUGUGUCUCUAUACAUUAAUUGGCUUCUUGAAGACGAAGAGCAAACAUCACCAGAAGCUACAGUGGCUCUAGAACAUAACCCAGGACCAUCCUCGAGAAAUUAUAGAGAGGAAUUCUCAAAAUCGUACUCUAUGAUUUCGGUUACAGAAAACACCUCAACUGGACUUUCAAGAGAUAAAGGAGGAGCUAAAGUAAAUGAUCAACAGUCCUCCAUGAGAGCAGAAAAUGUUCACAGUAGCAAUCUAAGUCAGGAAGUUGGUGAAACGUCAUCAAUCAGCAUGCAAAAUUUUCUACAUAUCAGCAAACUCAGAAUGAAAUUAGAUACAGCAAGCCAAGAAAGAGCAGAUGCCCUGGAAUCAUUACUUGAACUUUGUGCAAAGCUACUUAAGCGGGAAAGGAUUGAAGAACUUGCUGGGGUGUUGAAGCCAUUUGGGGAAGAAGCUGUAUCAUCAAGAGAAACAGCAAUUUGGUUGACAAAGGGACUCCUUAAUAUUCAAAAACAAGGGGCAUGAAGCUUGAUAAAUCUCUCUGCUUCAUUUCUUCGUAUUGCUGCUCGUGAAGAUCAUUGCAACCAGUGUCUGCGUUUUGGUGGUAUACAAAGUCAACUAGGAGCAAACUGAGAUGUCACUAUAACUUUGAUUCCUGUGUUUUAUCAGCACAUCUCGGGGCAGGCAUUUUCUUGGUUAAACACUUCAGCCGCAAAAAUUGGCAUCAUAUAACAAUUAUAUGAAAGGAUGCCAACAAGAUUUAACAUAGGCACUGCUAUCUGAUAGAGUUUAUUCUGUGGUAAUGUCUUCAUUAAAUUUUGGUAAUUUUGCAAUCCUACUUUGACAUUUUGGACAAUUUCAAUUAGU